UAUAGUGGGUUUUGAAACCAACUAACCGAUCAAUUUUAAUCACCGUGAAUUUAGUGACAGAAAAGUAUAUGGACACUUCCGGCUAACUUCGUCACUGCGAAGGUCACAUGACGCCAUUUGUUGAACAGCUUUUGGUUAGCUACACACCUGUGAUACUAGCCAGCUAGCGCCAGCGCUUUUUUCAUCCUGUAAACUAGAUGAGUGAUAUAAGUUAGAAUUUAUUAGACCAUUAAAUGUUGCUAUAGGAAGUCAAGAGUUUGAUUUAAGCAUUUUGGAGCUUCUUUUUUAACUGCUCGCCAAGGACCAGCUAGCAAAGCUUUGCGCGUUAGCCAGUUAGCUAGCGCUGCCAAGCUGCUUCCAUACUGGGAGGGACGAAAACAAGCCUCGCCAUGAAUGUUGACGGCGUUAAUCAGUCUGUCACAACUGGAGUUUCUUCUAAUGUUACGACGUCUUCAACUGCAAGUAACUGUAUAACAAAUGAAAGCGCCACAACGAACGUCCCUUCGGUCACCAGCAAUGCUUCAACCUCGGCCGCCAUGGUGACAUCAUCAUCAGACUCCUCUGUCUCCAAUGGAGUUUAUGUUCCUGGAGGCAUCACUAAUGGAGACAUAAAGCCUAACGUCUCCACAACCCCACUGGCUGACUUUGUCAUGCAGCUGGAGGAGUACACUCCCACGAUUCCUGAUGCAGUGACAGGCUAUUACCUGAAUCGGGCUGGCUUUGAAGCUUCUGAUCCGAGAAUAAUUCGUCUGAUCUCCCUUGCCUCUCAGAAGUUCAUCUCAGACAUCGCCAACGAUGCGCUGCAGUACUGUAAAAUGAAAGGAACUGCGUCAGGAAGCUCAAGAAGCAAAACGAAGGAUAAGAAGUACACUCUGACAAUGGAGGAUCUGGGUCCUGCUCUUUCAGAAUAUGGUGUCAAUGUUAAGAAGCCGUAUUACUUCACAUAGAAGUGCAAUGUCUUGCUUUUGCUUUAGCUUUACCUAACCCCUCCCACCAACAUACUUUUUUUUGGUUGAGUCAUUUAACAUCAAUGAUUUGGUGCAACUUUGACAGUUUUUGCAGCCACUUGUUGCUGUUUUUUCUUUAAUAGGUUGUGCCACCUUUUGAAUUUUGUUCAUUUGUAAAUGUACAUUUUAUUGUUAUAAUAAAACUCUUCAUGUAACACUUGGUGUCUUGGACGUAAGAGGAGGUUAGUAUGUGACUCAUCAGUUUAUACAGGAGCAAGAAUACUUGAAUUUACUAUAUAUUAUCGGUGAGGUAAUUAUAUAUUAUAAUUACAAGAAUAAAUGAUAUUAAGCUGAAAAAAUGUAAUAAAUACAGCAAAGUUUGUGUCUACAAGUAAAUGCAACUGGUGCUGAUUUUAGGAAACUGGUUUCGUAAAGACAGAAGAGGAGAGAGAAUUACUUAAAUUGUUUAACUUGAGUGCGAACUAGCUAAGUAUGGUAUAAUACUACACUGAGGCUAUUGAUUGACUGCAAUCAAUAAUAGUAUUUUUUGUUAGUUUUAUUUGUAUGGAAAGUACUAUACCAUAUGCCUGUUUUUUUUUAUC